AUUAGAUAUUGAUGAGUGUGAUUAUUACUGUGGUGGAACAUGCCGUGCUAAAAAAUGUAAUAGGGGCGAGAUAGCCUCGGAAAACUCAUACUAUUAUUGGUCAUAUGGCUGCUCUUACCACUGUGGGGAAGGUCGGGUGUGCUGUGUGGAAGAUUACGAAUCACAACUAUGUGAACAUACUUGUGGUGGUACAUGUCGUUCUAAAAAGUGUAAUAAAGAUGAGAUCACUGCAGGUUGGCAUGGUGUUUGUUCUGACUACUGUGGAGAUGGGAGAGUUUGCUGUGUACCGGAUUACGAAUCACAACUAUGUGAACAUACUUGUGGUGGUACAUGUCGUUCUAAAAAGUGUAAUAAGGAUGAGAUCACUGCAGGUUGGCAUGGUGUUUGUUCUGACUACUGUGGAGAUGGGAGAGUUUGCUGUGUACCGGAGACAUCGGCUCAAAUGAACUAGACAAGUAUUAUAGCUUGCUGUUUAUGCUGUUUCCUUUAGUUGUUCAGUUUUCCUUAUAUCUCGUUAUCUUGUGACAUUGCAGGCCCGUGCAUUUUAUUAUGGUUUCCCGUCACGGUAUAUGCAAUGUAAUGAAAAUGCUGUGGCUAAUUUUGAUUGACACUUAUCGAGACGCGCUGCGGUGAUUGGCUCGUCCGGCGAAGUCACGCCCUUUCUGCGCGCAAAAAAGGGAACUCUCGAAAACGAUGAUUCAAUUGCUGAGUACACAUGUUUUAAAAGCUCACGGCAAAGGCUCUAAAUUCUUAUGACGGUGACUCUGAACACCGGAACACGAUCAUGAGGCACAAUUCUAGAGGA